AUGCGCUCAGAUCCGAUCGUGAUUGCUGAGAUGUCCACCAUCCAAGCUGCAAUCACUAAGCGUAACGAAGAAGCUGAGAAGGCGCGCCGAGCUGUACCUGAGAUCAUGGCGAACAGGAAGGAAGUGCUAGAAGCGGAGAAGUCACAAGCACGCUACAAGAGAGAGACGUUGGAAGAGGAGAGAACAGACUCCGAAUGGGAGAGAUUGCAAGAGAGGAAGUCGGAGUUGGAGAAUCGGGGUGGCAUGGCCAUGGCAUUUGAGCUGGGCAAGAGGUCGGGCAAGUAA